UCUUAAGCUUGCACAACUCUUUCUCACCAUCACUCCCUACUUACACACAAAGGCCUGGCUGCUCUUUGCAAAACGAACUUCUCCACGACUUUGUAACGAAAUCUACUUCUUCAAAAAUGGCAGCCGCUGUUGAACCAACCCCUCUGAGCAGCUAUGUCGGUUUCGAUAGCUUGCCGAUGCAAAUCGAGCAAAAGUUGCUCAAACGUGGUUUCCAAUUUAACGUAAUGGUCGUUGGACAAACUGGAUUGGGAAAAUCAACACUUGUUAACACAUUGUUCGCAAGUCAUUUGAUCGAUUCAAAAGGUAGACUUGAAGCAUAUGAAACACCUCGUUCUACUACAGAAAUUCACCCUGUCAGUCAUGUCAUCGUCGAAAAUGGAGUAAAGUUGCGCUUGAACAUCGUUGAUACACCAGGCUUUGGCGAUCAAGUCAACAAUGACGGAUGCUGGGAACCAAUCAUCAAAUAUAUCAAAGAUCAACAUUCAGCUUAUCUACGUAAAGAAUUGACCGCAAUGCGUGAUCGUUAUAUCACAGACACUCGCAUUCAUUGCUGUUUGUUCUUCAUCAACCCAACCGGUCAUGGACUUCGACCAAUCGAUGUGACUGUGAUGAAAAAGUUGGCUGAUGUUGUCAACAUUGUUCCCGUCAUUGCAAAGAGUGACAGUCUAACAUUGGAAGAAAGAGAAGUGUUCAAAGAGCGCAUUCGUGCUGAGAUGCAAUACAACAACAUUCGUCUAUAUCCAUACGAUGAUGAAGAGCACGAAGAGGAAGAACGUGAAUUGAACGACAGAAUUCGAUCUUUGAUCCCAUUCGCCGUUGUGGGAAGUGAAAGAAACAUCAUCAUCGAUGGAAAGACUGUUCGUGGACGCAAGAACCGUUAUGGUGUGAUCAAUGUGGAAAAUGAGAACCACUGCGAAUUCGUCUUUUUGCGUAACUUCCUCACAAGAACACAUUUGCAGGAUCUGAUUGAGACAACAUCUGCCACUCAUUACGAAUCGUUCCGUAGUCGUCAAUUAUUGGCUCUCAAGGAGUCCAGCACGAAACAACAACAGCAGCACACACAACCAAACGGUGCUGCCUGAGCUCCUUCCGUGUAGAUCUGUCGCACCAACGAUCCUAUUUCUCUUACGACCGCUUUCAUAUCUUUAUCUUUCGAUUUCAUAGGUUAACAAUGUACUCUUUUCGUACAUGUUAUUGAAUACCAUAGG